AUGAUGCUACGUACCAAGCCGGGGCUAGCUAUGGACAAAGUUACUCUACCGCCGCUCCAAUUUGUCAGUCGUCCGAUAACAAAAUUGCAUUUAGAUAUGCCUUUGAAGUGCUUUCGCGGCGAUUUAGCUCUCAAGCACCUGGCUUUAACUUCAUCAAAGCAGGCUUUGCUGGUUGAAAUGGCUUCUCAGCUGGUUGCUGGGGUCCAUUCGGUUGGACUUGAGUCUCCGAAGGUGAGAUGA